GGCUGAAGUCCGGGGCCGCGGAGCCGAGCCGAGCCGUGCCGUGCCGGGGGUGCUGUCACUCGGCGCUUCCAGCAUGCUCCUAAGAUGGCGGUAGCGGCGGCGGGCGGCAGCGGGGGCGGCCGGGCGCAGCGCAGCGGCUGGCUGGAAGUUUUGGUGCGGGAGCGCUGGCACAAAGUGCUGGCCAACUUGGGCGGCGAGGCGCUGGUGCUGAGCGGCGAGGAGCGCCCCGACGGCGCGGCCCACAACGGGCUGGGCGGCGAUGGGACGGCGUGCCGCGGGGCCGAGGGGCCGGCGGCGCGCACCGCCUUCACCGACCCCCCCGAGCAGGUGCCCGAGGCCAUCUCCAACAAGAAGCGCUGCGUGAAGGUGCUGAAGCAGGAGCUGGGCGGACUGGGCAUCAGCAUCAAGGGGGGCAAGGAGAAUAAGAUGCCCAUCCUCAUCAGCAAGAUCUUCAAGGGGCUGGCGGCCGACCAGACCCAGGCUCUCUACGUGGGCGAUGCCAUCCUGGCCGUGAACGGCACCGACCUGCGGGAUGCCACUCACGACGAGGCGGUGCAGGCGCUCAAACGGGCCGGCAAGGAGGUGCUGCUGGAAGUGAAAUACAUGAGAGAAGCCACCCCGUACGUGAAGAAGGGCUCCCCGGUGUCAGAGAUCGGCUGGGAGACGCCUCCCCCCGAGUCCCCGCGCCUGGGCUGUGCCUCCGCCGAGCCGAUGUCGCAGCUCUCGCUCUCCAUCCACAGGGACAGGAAGACCAUUCCCCUCAAGAUGUGCUACGUGACACGCAACAUGACAGUGUCAGACCCCGAAAACAGAAUUAUUGAAGUUCAUUCACCUGAUGCCAAGCACACCGUGGUGCUCAGGAGUAAGGAUUCAGCCACAGCCCAGGCCUGGUUCAAUGCCAUCCACUCCAGUGUCAAUGAGCUCAUCCCCAGGGUGAUUGCAGAGGUCAGAGACCAGCUGGGUAAAACAGGGAUUGCUGGAAGUCGAGAGAUUAGGCAUCUAGGCUGGCUUGCAGAAAAGCUGAACAUAAGGGGCUUUUCCUGUUGCAAAAUGCUUUCCUCUGAAGGGGUAACUGCUCUGAGUCAUCAUAGAGAUCUUGUACCAGGAGACAACGAGAAGCACUGGAAGCCAGUCUUAGUGGUUUUGACAGAGAAAGACCUCUUAAUAUAUGAGAGCAUGCCACGGAUGAAGGAGGCCUGGUUCAGCCCUGUGCAUACCUACCCCCUGCUUGCCACCAGAUUGGUUCAUUCUGGCCCAGGAAAAGGCUCACCGAAGUCAGGGGUGGAUUUGUCUUUUGCAACGCGUACCGGUACAAGACAAGGGAUUGAAACUCAUCUGUUCAGGACUGAGACCAGCCGAGACCUCUCACUGUGGACGAGGAGUGUAGUGCAGGGCUGCCACAAUUCUGCAGAGCUCAUCACAGAAAUCACCACAUCUUGCACCUACAAAAGCCAGGAGUGCCGCUUGACCAUCCAUUAUGAACAUGGAUUCUCUCUUACAACCGAACCGCAAGAUGGUGCCUUCUCCAAGACAAUUGCACAAUAUCCCUACGAAAAACUGAAAAUGUCCUCAGAUGAUGGAAUAAGGAUGCUUUAUUUAGACUUUGGAGAAAAAGAUGGAGAAAUUCAACUGGACCUUCAUUCCUGUCCAAAACCAAUUGUUUUCAUCAUUCAUUCCUUCCUGUCAGCAAAGAUCACAAGACUGGGCUUGGUGGCAUAAGUGGGAUCCAUCUGUUUCUUCAAAGAGAGACGGGGUAACCACACUAAUCUGAAGUACAGUCAGCAGCAGCAACCUGUCCAGCCAGCAGCAGACACCAGCCUGGGUCUCAGGACUGGGCAUUGUCAUUUCUGCAGUUCUCCAAGGCCUGGGUUUCAUUUCAGCUAAAGAGAUGGCAUGACAAGGAAGAUGGGGGAUUUCAUUGUAAAUAAUAGGAUUCUAAAAUCCUAUAUGAGACCGUAAAAGCGUGUAGUACCAUACAUGUAAAUGUUUCAGAAUCAUAAAUUGUGCCUAUUUCAAUGUACUUGUCUAUAUAAAGUAAAGGGCUAUGCAGACAAGAGCACUUGUUGGUUGUGAUGCAAGCCAAGGUUGGUUGGGGAGAAAUCCUCUAAAGAUUGUCCCAUCACCUGAAAGCAAAAGGUUCUUUCAGUUGCAAUCUGUGCACCUCUUACAGAAGAUUUUUCUUUUUGAGCACUGCCAGAACCUGGCAUGAAUACCCAGCAGAGCCUGCAAAUACACACCUUUGAGUUGGACACUCUGAAGCAAUCCAGCUGUGGUCAGGUAACAGCUGGAGAGCCCCUGCCAGGGACAGUCUCACAUGUUUCACCUUCAGCAGUAAGCUCAUGUCACCCACAUUCCUAUGAUGGAGCCAAAGUGGGACCAGCCACAGGGAUGGUACUGAGAGCCAGCGGCCAGGGGGGCACAGGCAGGAGUGUCCUUUGUUAAUGAGCACAGGAAGCAUUUUUAUAGUGACUUCUCAGAAUAGCUUAAUGAGUUUCAGCUGUCUGGGAGCCCCAGCUCAGGUAAAAGUUACCUGAAUCCACUCUGAGGCAUGAUGAUGCUUCUGCCAGCGUAUCUCCAUGGCACUUUUCCAGUAGAAAGCCAUACUAAGAUUCUGUCCUCCUACCCCUACUGAGUCACCCCCUUUGCUCAGACAAGGCUGGCUGUGUGGUUUUCAUAGAAGAACAAACAUAGGGAAGGAGGAAGACUUAGUUGUAUGAGUUUUGGAAAAAUUUAUUGAAGGAGCUCCACAACAGUGAGAAACAUACACCAGGGCAGGAACAUGAGCUGCAAUCCCUGACAUGGAACUGCUCCUGUAGACAUGGCUUGGCAAGACCAGAUUUCUUGCUGGGAAAAUAAGAAAUGUUCAUCUCCAUGCCCACAACUUACUGGUGACUGUUUUGUACCACAGCUUACUGUUGUGACUCAAAAUGUGAUUCAGUGAGUUUCAGCCUUAUUCAGAGCUACUUGAGCAGCCAAAAGCAGGCAGGAACACUGACCUUCAGUAUCACAGAUGAUACACACAGCUUGCACCUGGAAGUAAUAAACCGGCAACGUGUGAUCUGGUAGGAAUAGGAAGAUGCAAAACUGGGAUGCCACUUAUGUUGUUCUUCCUUUGUAAAAAAAACAGCAUCACACAGGGGUGGGGUUCUGUCUGCUUUUAGAGUUUUGCCCUAAAUUCCCACUUUGAAGGACAGGAAGUAAUAUACAGUAAUGUACAGGUAGUAAUAUAUUCAGUGUUUGUGGAUGAUCAGUUUUCAUAUUUCAGCAUUUCUUUUAUUCCUGAGAAAGCACACAGAUUUCAACUUAGCAUCACCUGGCUGUUGAAGGGGAAAAUUAAAAGCACAUUUUGGUUCCAUAUUAUUUUUAAGCUAAGUUUGAGAGUUAAGCAUAAAUCAUGCUGUCUAUUCACA